CAUGGAUGUUGAAACCAAGCCUCUCUUUUCCGUUACAUACAUUGUUGCCUACCUAUCUUGUCCGUUUUCAACCAUUAUCAACUAAUGGCAAACCAACUUCAAAAGCCCUUAAACCUUUCUCCUAAACCGGUUCUGACCAAAGAAGAACAACAGCAAGAUUCUCAAGAAAUGGUGGCCUUGCAAGCCGAGAGGAUGGUGUACUCCUUGACAUUCCCAAUGGUCUUCAAAGCUGCCUUGGAGCUGGGAGUCAUCGACACGAUAGCUACCGUUGAGGACGGCGUGUGGCUCUCGCCUUGCGAGAUAGCGUCUCGACUCCCUACUAAACCCACCAACCCUGAGGCUCCAAUGAUGCUGGACCGGAUGAUGCGGUUACUCGCUAGCCACUCGGUCUUGAAAUGUCGUGUUGUUGAAACCGGAGAGAACGACCAAACCGGAAAGAUAGAAAGGGUAUACGCAUCUGAACCGGUUUGCAAGUUUUUCUUGAAAGAUAGUGACGGCUCGGGUUCUCUCAGAUCUCUCUUCAUGCUAUGCCAUGACCACGUUAUUUUCAAAUCUUUGUCACAUAUAAAGGAUGUGAUAUUACAAGGCCAAGAUGCAUUUAUUUCUGCCUAUGGCAUGAAAGUCUUCGAGUACAUUGCUUCUGAUGAACAAUUCGCUGAGAUGUUUAGCCCGGCGAUGUCGGAAUCGUCAACCAUGGUUAUGAAUAAGGUUCUAGAAAAAUACAAAGGAUUCGAAGAUGUUAAGACUUUGGUGGACGUAGGAGGAGGAGUUGGAACUGUGCUAGGUUUAAUCACUUCCAAGUAUCCUCAUAUCAAGGGCAUCAAUUUCGACUUACCAUCGGUUUUAGUCAAUGCUACUCCUUAUCCCGGAGUGCAACACGUGGCCGGAGACAUGUUGGUAGAAAUUCCAAAGGGAGAUGCUAUUUUCAUGAAAUGGAUGCUGCAUGCUUGGAACGAUGAGAACUGUGUUAAAAUUCUCAAAAACUGUUACACAAGUCUUCCAGAAAAAGGAAAAGUGAUAGUCGUGGACGUGGUUAUGCCAACAGAACCAAAGUGUUACGACUUUGAUUCUAACAUGGACCUCACUAUGGACAUGUUUAUACUAUCACAACGUUCAGGUGGUAGAGAAAGGACUCUUCCACAAUUGGAGGCUUUAGGUUGUGCUGCAGGCUUUAGUCGUUGCGAGUUCAUUUGCCGCGCCUAUUCUUUCUCUCUUAUUGAGUUCCACAAAUAGAUUUGAAGUCUGCAAAAAUAUAAAUCACCACUAGUCCCAUGAAUACUCUAUCUAUCAGUAAAGAUCCUAUAUGUUAUGAUGUUUUAUCUCCCAAAAAUAAAAGCAGACAACUCCGUUAUGUGUAAUAUAUAUAUAUGUAAAAAUAAGUAUGGGUGUUCAGUUUUUGGUUUGGUUUAGUUUUGCACUUUCAAUUCAUUUGGAUCUAGAGACAAAAAGAAAAUCGUCAGUAGUUACAAAAUUAAGUUCAGUUUCG